CAUUUAUUUGCAGCGCAGACUGCAUACUUUCUUUUUGUAAUAACGAAUCUGACCCAUUUUGAGGGCGAUCAAUAUGGCUACUCAGUACGAACUCAACGAUAUGGCUGCUGCGAAACAUCCCCGAUCGACGGUUGAAGAUGCUUCGGAGUCCAGUGAUCAGGAUCACAUGGACAACGCGCAGUUGGCGAAGCUCGGAAAGAAAUCAGUCCUCAAGAGAAACUUUGGAGGCUGGACAAUUCUAGGCUUCAGCUGCGCCGUCCUCGUCACCUGGGAGGGAACCCUCAUGAACUUCGCUCCCGGUCUCAGCAAUGGAGGCAGCGCGGGUCUCAUCUACGGUUACAUCUUUGUCUGGAUAGGAGUUCUCAGCUCCUUCGCCUGUCUCUGCGAACUCGUCUCGAUCGCCCCGAUGGCUGCUGGCCAGUACCACUGGGUCGCCAUGCUUGCGCCUCCACGAUACGCGAAAUAUCUUAGCUACAUCACGGGAUGGAUGAACUUGGCAGGGUGGCAGGGUACGUCUGCUGCUGCGGGUUUCCUUACUGCUACCAUGAUUCAGGGUCUUGUUAUUUUUACGACUCCGUCUUAUGAGGCGCAUACGUGGCAUGGUAGUUUGAUGAUUUGGGCUUGUGUCCUGGUCGCUAUCAUUAUUAACACUGUCGUCAGCGCUUUGCUUCCGAUUUUGGAGGGAAUGAUCUUGAUCUUGCAUCUUAUCGGCUUCUUUGCUAUUCUCAUCACUCUUCUUGUCUUUCGCGACAACGAUAAUGGCACUGAAGUCUUUACCGAAUGGCGCAACUCGGGCAAUUGGCCCACUCAAGGUCUUUCAUGGUUCGUUGGACUGUUGGGCUGUGUAUUCUCAUUCACCGGUGUCGACUGCUCCUUUCACAUGUGUGAGGAAGUCAGAAACCCUUCUUUGAUCGUCCCCCGCUCCAUCAUGGGCAGUAUCACCAUCAACGGUCUUCUCGGCUUUGGCAUGGUCAUCGCCAUGCUUUACUCCGCAACCGAUAUUGACGCUGCCAUCGAGACACCAACUGGUUACCCCUUCAUGGAGAUCUUUUACCAAGCCACUGGAUCAAAGGGCGGAACCGCCGGAAUGGUGUCACUUAUUAUCGUCAUGACCCUUUCUGCUACCGUUGGUGUCAUUGCUUCGACAUCACGUAUGCUCUGGGCGUUUGCUCGUGAUAAUGCUCUGCCUUUCUCACCUAUCCUCUCAAGAGUCGAGAGCCGCACCAACAUGCCUGUUUGGUCCAUCACGAUCACCUGUCUCAUCUCCUGCAUUAUCGGUCUCAUCAACCUCGGUUCAUCAGUCGUCUACAACGCCAUCAUUUCAGUCGCCAUCUCCGGCCUUUACGCAUCAUACUUCAUGCCUGCGAUUCUCCUCCUCUACCGUCGCUGCGAUAAGAACUAUCAGAUCAGGAACAUCCACGGCGACGGCCAAAUUCUCGAAUGGGGUCCUUGGCACCUCAAGGGCAUGUUUGGCAUCAUCAACAACACCUUUGCCUGCAUGUUUAUCAGCAUCGUUUGGUUCUUCAGCCUGUGGCCUCCCCAAACCCCCGUCGAUGCUAAGAGCAUGAACUAUGCCUCUCUCAUGACUGGCGGCAUUGGUAUCCUCGCUAGUAUUUACUACUUCCUUCGUGCCAACAAGGUUUACGUGGGACCUAAGAAGGAAAUUUAAAUAGACCCAGUGCGCAUGGAGCCUAAUAACACCUGCUCCGAUUCUAUCAUUGUCUAAUAGCUCUAUAGCAAAAGUUUGUCUACACUGAUAUUAUAAAAUACAUUAUUUCCAAGGCAUGAUCGUCAGUUCGGGCCAUAACUUUAUCCAACGCUGUACUUUCUUGUGGUAUGUCUCUUCUGUCAUGAUCAUCUGAUUCGGGCGCACCGUGAGUCUGAACAUAUCCGAGAAUCCCCAUGGCGCAAAGAUAUCCCAUUCUCCAUCCUCUCUCAGUCGAACGCCGAUAAGCGCAGUGUUGGUCCCCCAAGUAGUCAUAGAUGCCUCACUAGAGCGAUGUUGAGGGCACGGUUUGCCAAACUUCUUCUCGUACCAGAGAUGCACGCGUGCUUGAUUGCGGAUCUCAACUUCAGUAGGAAUAUCCGCAAAGAUCUUCUUGCCAGCCUGAAUGACAGCAUCUUCAGCCUCCCAUGAUAAAUCCGCGUCGUCAAAAUAGAUCAGGUCGUAGUCGUCAAUGCCUAGUUCUGGGUCGCGGUCUGUGACGACGUUCCAGACGGUUUGCGUGAGUGCACCAGCGGCGAGGUACCAAUUGGGGAGUUUCAUUUCAGCGGCACGCGACAGGACGGUCAUGAGUGUCUUGUUGCAUUCUAUUGCUUGACGAAAUCGAGCGAUUUGCUCAUUGAUUGGAAGGAGAGCGGCGUCCAUUUUGUUUGUAGAGUUGAGGUUUAACGG